AUGGAUCCAGGGGAGCUCCGUCGGGUUUUCCAGAUGUUCGACAGGAACGGAGACGGGAAGAUUACGAAAAAGGAGCUAAACGACUCGCUAGAGAAUCUGGGUAUAUACAUACCCGACAAAGAUUUGAUUCAGAUGAUCGAGAAAAUCGACGUGAACGGAGACGGUUACGUAGACAUUGAAGAGUUCGGAGCUCUAUACCAGACGAUAAUGGACGAGAGAGACGAGGAAGAAGACAUGAAGGAGGCGUUUAACGUGUUCGACCAAAACGGCGACGGAUUCAUAACGGUGGAGGAGCUUAGAUCAGUGUUGGCAUCGUUGGGUCUGAAACAGGGAAGAACGAUAGAAGAUUGCAAGAUGAUGAUUACCAAGGUGGAUGUUGACGGAGAUGGCAUGGUUAACUUCAAGGAGUUUAAGCAGAUGAUGAAAGGUGGCGGGUUUGCUGCUUUAGGUUCCAGUUAA